AUGGGUCCUGUUCCAGGGUUAGCUCUCUCAGCGAGCCCCGUUGAUGGGGUUCCCGGUUCGACUGUCGGUUCGAAAGGUGCCGGUGACAGCCCAAGAUAUGAAGGUAAUGCCGUUUCUCAUGAGGAUGGAACCUGCGAGGACGGUGUCUGUAUUCGAGACAGCCUCAGUAGUACUCACGGACAGUCUUCGUGUUUUCGCCUGACAGAAAUACGCGUAAGAGGAUACCAACAACAACACCUACCUGCCCUUUGCCUGCCACACUCUCCCAGCCGCUGUAGUAUAAGCUGGACCAGUUGGCCACCAAGUUCUGAAGACUCGGUCGACUCUGGAGGCGACUGCGGCACAGGGGUGGGGUGGUUUUGUGAAUGGGAAGACGACACAUGGGAAUCACACACAACCGCACAAAGAGCAAUGCUCUUCCCAGGAGAUCCGUCAUUUCAGACACCUGCCGGAUAUACGUAUCCACAACUACCAGACCCUGAUACUUUACCUACGCCGACGCUAUGGCAUCAGAUCAGAUUGGCGAAAAAAUUGUGGUACUUUACGGGACCUGAUCGGCAUUUAAUGGCGACGGCAGCACUGUGUAUGGUGCUUGCCGCUGCGGCGCACGUUUGCAUUCCCCAUUUUGUGGGUACUGUGGUGGAUACGGAAAGUCAAAUGGAAGUCAAGCACGCCAUCAUUUGUCUUGUACUGGCAGCAGCGAUUCACGUGUUGCUAAAUGGACUGAGAGCGGGCUUGCUACAUCUGGCUCUGGUUAAAUCCAAGCUGCGCUUGCAACAACGUCUUUUCUCUCGUCUUCUCAUGGCAGACAUGAAUUUUUUUCAGCAGCAUGCUCCCGGCGGGUUGUCAGCGAGGCUCUGUGUCGACUGCUCGAAAGUCUGCGACAUUUUCUUGAUGAACCUGAACGUAUUCCUCAGGUCACUCAUGCAGAUUGCUGGCAUUUUGGUGUUCAUGGCCGGAAUGAGCAAGGAGCUAGUGCUUGUCGUCUGCUUUAGUCUUCCUGUUUUCUUCUGGGGAGUCCACCAGGUUGGCAUGCGUACUCAGCGGCUCUCGACGUUGGCGCAGACAUGCCUCGCUGACUCCAACAAGGUGGUACAUGACGUUCUGUCGAACAUACUUUCAACAAAGGUCCACACAGGCGAGCUCCGAGAGCUGCAGCGUUUUGGUGAACGAUCAAAACGCUAUUUCUGUAUAGAGAAACAGAAAGCGCUGCUCAACAGCUGCAACCAGUUAUUGAUAACGGCGGUGCCACAAUUCUGCACAGUUGUGCUCCUAAUUGUGGGAGAACGGUUGGUGAAGCAGAACAGGGUGCCGGUGGGCACAUUGGUUACCUGUAUGCUGUAUCAACAGCAGCUUGCAUCCGCGUUCAGUAGCGUAGGAAACGUGUAUUCUACUUUCAUGGAAGCCUUCGGAGCAGCUCAAUAUGUUAUCUCCCUGAUCGGUAUUAAACCUGAAAGCGGGUACUACCUUCCUCGUUUGAUGCCAUACUCACGGGCCUUGAAGGAACAAAUGGAGCCGAUGCUAGCAGCUACACAACCAGACACGGAGGUCAGCCCUAUGGAGACCAAAGUCAAUGACCAGAAACCCAUGGGAGAGUGGCGAGCUUGUUAUGUUCAUACCGACGUGGACUACUUUGAAGUUCAAGGGGAGAUACUCUUCUGCAACGUGGUAUUCCGUUAUCCUGGGAGACCUGCAAUUCCUGUCCUCAAUGGUGUUAACAUUCACGUCUUACCAAAGGAGUUCGUUGGAGUGGCAGGUGCCAGUGGAAGCGGCAAGACGACACUGCUGCGAUUAAUCGACGGCCUCGUUCAUGCUGAUCAAGGCGCGGUUUUUUUAGAUGGUCGAGAUGUUCGGUAUCUGGAUCCCAUGUGGUUGAGAAGACAAGUUGGGGUUCUUUGGCAGGACCCAGAUAUCAUGUCAGGCACAGUGCAGGACAACUUGUACUAUGGAGUGGGAAACCCGGCUCCUCUGCCCUGCUACAGCAACGAAGUCUGUAUGCGAGCGAAAAAACUCAGAUUCACUGAAACUUUCCCUGCAGGUUACGAUACCGAAGUGGGCGAAAAAGGCAAUAAACUGAGCUGCGGCCAGCGAGUGAGACUGGCGCUUGCCCGCAUUCUUAACCGACAACCGCGUAUCCUACUCGUUGAUGAUCCACUAAAACAGAUGGGAGCUGCAGGAGGAGAUACUACGUUACAGGAUGUGCUGCAGGCCCUCAGGGGACAAGUUACGAUUUUGGUCACAGUCCGGAGUCUGGAAACAGCCAAGGCCUGCGACAGAAUAUACGUUCUGGAAAGAGGUGUCGUCGUGCAGGAAGGCCACCAUGAAUCUCUCAUGCAAGAAGAAAGCGGAGCCUACCGUUCCCUAAUCUUAACGGAAAAAAUGCUCCACAUGUAA